CAAUUGUUUAACCCCUUUGCUGUGUAUAUGCGAACCUUUGUCUCACAACAGAUACUUUAAAUUGAAACAUUGCGUGUUAUUUAGUAAAGGUGUUGCAUGUUCAUUUCACUGAGACAAAACGUACUUAUUCGAAUACGUCUUAACGGAAGACUAUCUGAGCUCCGAUGCAGCCCCUGGAGAGAAAAAUAAGUUAAUGUCACUGCUUACAGAGAGUCUAGAUUGAUUUUCCGAAAUGUCUCGGGAGCAGCUGGCCGUUCAACAGGCCAGAAAGGUUUUUCUGACUGGAAGAUCUAAACCCCUGCAGUACAGAAUUCAACAACUUAAAAACCUAAGUCGAUUCAUUACAGAAAGAGAAAAGGACAUUACUGAUGCCUUGAGAAAAGACCUCUAUAAGAGUGAAAAUUCAACACAACUGUAUGAGAUCCUAGGCUUGGUUGGAGAAAUCAAUCUGGCUGUCAGCAAGUUGGCUGAAUGGGCAGCUCCUCGUCCAGUGUCCAAGAAUCUUCUCACCAUCUCAGAUGAGGUCUUCAUACACCCAGAGCCUCUUGGUGUGGUGCUUAUCAUUGGAGCAUGGAACUAUCCAAUAGCAGUGACCCUACAACCCCUCGUAGGUGCCAUUGCUGCAGGAAAUGCUGCGAUAACAAAGCCAUCAGAAGUGAGCUCUCACACAGCAGAAGUUAUGGAGCUCCUGCGUCACUACCUUGACCCUGAGAUGUAUCCAGUGGUAACAGGAGGUGUUCCAGAGACCCAGGAGCUGUUGAAGCAGCGUUUUGACCACAUCUUCUACACUGGCAACAGCACAGUGGGCAAACUGGUUAUGGAGGCAGCGGCUCGCCAUCUCACACCGGUCACUUUGGAACUAGGUGGAAAAAGCCCUUGUUACAUUGACAAGAACUGUGACAUUAGAAUCGCCUGCCGCCGGAUAACAUGGGGAAAGUAUGUCAACUGUGGCCAAACCUGCAUUGCACCUGAUUACAUCCUCUGUGAACCCAGCAUCCAGGACAAAGUGAUUGAUGAGAUCCAGAAAUGCAUCAAGGAGUUUUAUACAAAUGACCCUAAGAGCUUUGCCGACUAUGGGCGCAUUAUCAAUCAGCGCCAUUUUAAGAGGUUAAUAGCACUUAUUGAAGAUAGCACAGUGGCUAUUGGAGGAGACAGUGAUGAAGCGGAGUGCUAUAUUGCUCCCACUGUUCUGAAGGAUGUGACAUCACAAUCCAAAGUGAUGCAGGAAGAGAUCUUUGGGCCAAUUUUGCCCAUCGUCACCAUAAACGGUAUAAAAGAAGCCAUUCAGUUCAUCAAUGAACGAGAGAAGCCGCUAGCACUUUAUGUUUUCUCUUCCAGCAAUAAGGUUAUCAAACAGAUGAUAUCGGAUACAUCCAGUGGAGCGCUCUUAGCCAAUGACUGUCUGGUGCAUUACACCAUCAGUGAUUUACCUUUCGGUGGUGUCGGAAAUAGUGGAACCGGUCGUUACCAUGGCAAAUACAGUUUUGACCAACUCAGUCACCUCCGCAGCUGUCUCAUUAAGAAGUUGAACAUGGAGAUGGUCAAUCAGAUGCGAUACCCCCCUCACACUGCAGAGAAGUUACGCUGGGCACGUGUCUUUCUCUUAAAGCAAAUAAAUCUGUCCAAGUGGCGUCAGAUGGCACAGGUGGCUAUGGUUGCUGCACUGGCAGCUUUUGUGGUGCAGAGAUUUCUGCGAUAAUUUGUGGAAGAUGAGCUGAAGAUCUCUGGACCCACAGGAAUUCACAGGGAUUGUAAUGAUUGUGAUCAAGCAGUUUUUUAAAACACAGUAGACAGUUAAUUGUAUUUUUUACGUGCAAUAGAUUCAAUUAGAUAUAAAAUAAAUCACUUAUCCAGAAUACUAAUGAUUUUUACUGCAAGAUGAGUGUAAUACAAGGUAGGGUUUCUCCUGUGAGUCUGCAUUCUUUUAUUGGUCUGAAUACAUAUGAACAUUUUUUGCAUAGACAGAUAAGAUUUUGUACAUACUACCGAGUCAUUUAAAAUGAAUUGAUUUAUUAUAACUUUGCAACAAUCAGGAUCAUAGAAGUCAAAUGGGGAUGAUGCCAGUUGUGUUAUCGUUUGUUAACCAUUCUCAUUAAUCCAUUAUCAGCAAUAUAUUUAAUGUUUAACAGUUAUAUUGUCCUGUGUACUACUGAAAUUAAAAACCUUUGUCUUGAAUUCAUAUUAUGUAGCAUCGAAUGUUUUUAUGCGUUUACUAUUAUUCUAAAAUGAGAAGUAUGAAAGAAUAAGUAACAGGUAGUGUGUGUGAAAACAUAACUUAAUACUGUACAGUAUAUAUGGAAUGUUCAUUUAUUAAAUCGACAUUAUAAUGUAAAAAAUAUUUAUUGUUACUAGUGAAAGUUGCAAAAGGUUAAUAAUGGCUUUCUUUGUAAAAGUGGAAUUUUAUGAAUCGAACUAAAUAAACUUGG